CAGUCGACAUAUAAUAAGAUAAACAAAUUUUUAUGAGAUAUCAGAAGCAAGUAAAUAUUGUUGAUUUAUAUUUUUCAUUCUAUAUAUCUUAGUUGUAAAAAAUGGUAGAAAAAAGAUGUGCCUCUAAAAUGUGUUUUAAUAGUACACGAGAUUCACCACAAAUACAGUUCUUCACAUUUCCUACUAAUCAAGAAUAUGCUCGCAUUUGGGCAGAAGCAUGUGGUAUACCAGAAUUAAUGCGCAAAAGUAAGACUUCUAUUAAACGUUAUGUACUCUGCGCUGAACAUUUUGAGGAUCACUGGUUCAUUGAUCCUGAACGUAAAACUGCAUUUAAUAAAACUAAAAUACCUAUACCUACAAUAUUUAAAAAUAAUUUGAAAGAAUGUAUAUCAAGACAAAGCAAUGCCUCAAUUGAUACAAAUAUUACCAAAAGCGAAGACACUGUAGAAGAUUUAAAAGACUACAUCACGCAUAAUGUAGAAAAAAAUAAGCAAUCAAAUACAAAUCUGUCAGCGAAAAAUAAAAAAUCUUUAUGUUCUGUCUCACUGAUAAAUGACAUAGUGAGUAACGUUAAAGAUAGCACGAUAACUGCAGUUGCAGAGUCGCAUAAUGAUGACACUUUGCAAAAAGAUGUAGAAGAAUUGUGUCGCCUUUGUGCAUUGCCUACAUCAAGUAAUAUGCUUCAUUCUAUUUAUGAUAAUGAUAUGGAUAAAAAAAUUAAUACAAUUUUACCACUUCAAUUAGAAGUACAUAAAUACGAUGGUUUACCUCAAGAGAUUUGUCAUUUAUGUGUACAUAAAGUUACAUUAUGCUAUGAUUUUAUUCAACAAUUUCUUGAUGCAAAUUCUAAGUUAUUAAUGCAUAAGAAUGAACGACAAAAUGAACAAGCCGAAGAUAAUCUACUUUUAGCUACCUUAUCUGAAAGCUCGCUGUUUUCAGCAACAGAACCGAUAUGUGAUAAUGUCCAUUUAGAUCAAGACAAUUAUCAGAAUAUAGAAAAAACUAGUUAUUAUACUUAUAUUCCGGCACAUAAAAAUAAAUCCUAUAUUAAAGAUGAAAAAGAUGUUAGAAAUCAUUCUACACAUUAUACGGAGCAUUCAUACAAUUUACCUUUAAAAAGUAGUCCUGAAAGAACAAAUACGUUACACAAAUUAAAUGAAAUAAAUAUCGAAAAUGAAACUAAAUAUUUAAAUAUCGACGAUGCAUCGAACGAUAUGCAACAUGGUAUCAUUACAAAAAAUAAUAGAAUAAUCUAUAGUUGCAAGACGUGCAAUAAAAUAUGUUAUACCAAAUCUGAAUUACAUAGACAUAAUGAAACGCAUAAAGAAGAGAACAAAUUUUAUUGCGCGCAUUGUCCUAAAAGUUUUCGCGUUAAAUCUUUAUUAAAGCAACAUAUGUGUUCUCACUCUGGCACGAGGCCGUACGUUUGCGAUAUAUGUGGAGCAAGUUAUAAUAGACGUGGUAACAUGGGUCAGCAUAGAAAAACGCAUUUUGUUAUCGAGAAUGGAGAACCACGUUUGAUUAAAGAAGGUAUCAGAUGUAGUAUUUGUAGAAAAAAAGUUAAGUCUCUUCUUAUGUUAAAAUAUCAUCUUGCAAAGCACAAUGGUGAAAAGAAAGCUUACGUAUGUACAAUUUGUGGAAAAUGCUUUAGUACAGGAAGUCAAUUAAAGGUGCAUCAAUUUCUUCAUACUGGUGAAAGACCAUAUACUUGUUCUGUAUGUAAAAAAGGUUUUCGAACCGAAGCAAUAAUGAAACAGCACUAUUUGGCUCUUCAUACAAACGACUAUCCACACAAAUGUCCAUUUUGUGACAGAAAAUUUAAGCGUCUGCAAUCAUUAAUUGUGCAUAAAAGAACUCAUACUGGAGAACGUCCUUAUCCUUGUCCAAUAUGUGGUCGGGCGUUUGCUCAAAAAGGAGAUAUGAUGAAACAUACCAAGAUUCAUAAUCCGUCAGUAAAUAAGCAUAUUAAAAAUGAAAAUAAUUAUCUUCAGAUGCAAGUUAUUGAAAAUAACAAAAUUCAAAUACGAUCAGCGAUAUCUGAAGAAAUAACGAUAUUUGAAAUAGAAGAUGACGGAUUGUCGAAUGAAUUUAAUUCAGAAAAUUUGAAUAAGUAGCAAUGCUUUUUUACUAAAAAGAUAAUAAUGUCUAUUAUAU